AUGGAUGCUUCUAAGAUUAUUAUGAAGUUCUUUUUCCUUUUUGCCGUGGCUAGCUAUGUAGCCUUUGCUACUGAUCCCAAUCAACUUCAAGAUUUUUGUGUUGGAGUGAAUCAACCUCUUGAAGGAUUGUUCGUGAAUGGGCUUUUUUGUAAAGAUCCAAUGAUGGUAUCCGCAAAUGAUUUCUUCUUCAGUGGACUGGAUGUUCCAGGAAACACUGAUAACAAGCUAGGUUUUGUAGCAACAGCCGUAGCAGCAAACAACUUACCAGGGCUCAACACUUUGGGCAUAUCAAUUGCUAGACUUGAUUUUGCACCAUAUGGACUUAAUCCUCCCCACACACAUCCUCGCGCCACCGAGAUUUUCACCGUAAUAGAAGGAACCUUUUAUGUCGGUUUUGUCACGUCUAACCAAGCCAAGGGUCCAAAUAAGCUAUUCGCUAAGUUGCUUUACAAAGGAGACGUUUUCGUUUUUCCACAAGGUCUGAUUCAUUUUCAGUUGAACAUAGGUCAUACCCCUGCUUUUGGAAUUUCGGGGUUAAGUAGCCAAAAUCCUGGUGUCAUUACCAUAGCUAAUGCCGUAUUUGGAUCUCAACCACCAAUUUCAGUUGACGUUUUGGCUAAGGGUUUUGACCUUGAGCCUAAUUUGGUGAAAUAUCUUCAGGGUCGAUUUGGUGGUAGUGACUACUAGAUUAAAGACUAUGGAAGUGUGUGCA